AUGGGCAAAGAAAACAUAACCUAUUUGACUGAAUUCAUCUUACUGGGUCUUUCUUCAGAUCCACAGACUCAGAUCCUGCUUUUUGUGAUAUUUCUCAUCAUUUAUCUUCUGACAGCACUUGGGAAUCUGCUCAUCAUAAUCCUUAUCAACGUGGACUCCCGACUUCACACGCCCAUGUACUUUUUCCUUAAAAACCUGUCUUUUGCUGAUCUCUGUUUCUCUACAAGCGUUGUUCCUCAGAUGUUACUCCAUUUUCUGAUAACCAAAAAGACCAUUUCCUUUAUUGGGUGUUCAAUUCAGAUGGUUUUUUUCUUAGUAGCUGGAGCUACAGAGAGCUCGCUUCUAGCAGUGAUGUCCUAUGACCGCUACGUGGCUGUCUGCAAGCCCCUACACUACUCCACCAUCAUGACCCAGAGGAUUUGUGCCCAGCUGGCCAUAGUAGCCUGGGCCAGUGGGGGAUUUGUGUCCCUAGUAGAUAGCACAUUUACACUGUGUCUCCCAUACCAAGGACAGAAUGUAAUUAAUCAUUACUUUUGUGAACCUCCUGCACUCCUGAGGCUGGCUUCCGCAGAGACCUACCAGGCAGAGAUGGCCCUCUUUUCAAUGGGAGUGAUGAUCCUUCUAGGACCUGUCUCCCUCAUUCUUAUCUCCUACUGGAAUAUUCUCUCCACUGUAAUGAGAAUGCAGUCAAGAGAGGGGCGGCUCAAGGUCUUCUCCACCUGUGGCUCCCAUCUCAUUGUUGUUGUCUUCUUCUAUGGAUCAACAAUAUUCACUUACAUGAGGCCAAACUCCAGAAAAAUGAAUGAAAGGGAUAAAGUGAUCUCUGUAUUCUACUCAGUCAUAACAUCUAUGAUGAACCCGUUUAUUUAUAGCCUGAGAAACAAAGAUGUAAAAGAAGCAUUUAGGAAAACAUUUGGAAGAUAA